AGAUUCUUUUCACUUUUAUCCGAUAUGGACCCCUCGAACCACUAAUUAAUUAGUGUUCAUGAUUAAAUCGGUAUAGCAUUGCAAUCCCGCCUUGACUGGCACGUGCACUUUGUCUUCCCGCACGUCUUGAAAUAUACUGAGUCACAAAAAUUGGUACUAGAAAAGUGAAGAAAAUCCCUGAUUAAUAACUGAGGAUCUGAUCUCCUUUGGUGUGGUGUCAUUCUGCUUCAUAUUCAACAGCCAUGGCUUCCACACUCAAUGGCAACACACCUGGCGAGGACAUUUGGACACCUUCAUCAUGGCGCUCGAAGAAUAUCAAGCAGGCAGUAGUGUACGACUCCGAAGCCGCUGCACUUCCUGCCCUAUCGAAACUCGAGACUUUACCGCCAAUUGUGACUCCAACUGAAAUCAACAGGCUCAAGAACACUCUUCGAGAGGUAGCCUUAGGCAAUGCUUUUCUACUUCAAGGAGGCGACUGCGCUGAGUUGUUCUCUUACUGUGCCGAUGAGCCGAUUGAUGCCAAAAUUAAGCUGCUACUUCAGAUGUCACUUGUCCUCAUCUGGGGCUCAAACAAACCCGUAGUGCGCAUAGCCCGAAUGGCCGGUCAAUACGCCAAGCCUCGGUCAAGUCCAACAGAAGUGGUAGAUGGGAAAGAGAUCCCAAGCUUUCGAGGGGAUAUUCUGAAUGGCUUCGACAUCAAUGCUAGGACUGUCGACCCUGAUAGAUUGGUGCAGGCCUAUUUUCAUUCAGCGGCCACUCUCAAUUAUGUUCGUGCACAAUUAUCGAGUGGUAUUGCUGACCUACAUAACCCUAUGGACUGGGGCCUUGGUCACGUCAAAGACGAAGAUCUGCAAAGUCGAUACCAACGUAUCGUUGGAAGCAUUACAGAGUCCUUGAAAUUCAUGAAUACUAUCGGAGCGGACACUGCUGGACAAUUGAAUUCUGUCGAUCUCUACACGAGCCACGAAGGGCUAGUUCUACAGUAUGAAGAAGCACUCACCCGCAGACUACGACAUCCCUCGAAUGCCACUAAACCUACUGUAUCGCCUGAUGGGAAGGGAUGGUACAACACGUCGACCCAUUUCAUUUGGAUAGGGGAUCGCACAAGACAGCUGGACGGUGCCCAUAUCGAGUACUUCCGUGGUAUCGAGAAUCCCAUUGGGAUCAAGGUCGGCCCGUCCAUGGAGAACGAGGAAUUGAUAAGCCUUCUGAAUAUUGUUAAUCCAAACAAGGAGGUUGGGAAGGUUACGCUCAUAACCCGCUAUGGUGAAGGAAAAGUGGAAGAGUUACUGGGGGGUCACAUAGAAGCCGUCAAAAGCAGCGGACAUUUGGUCAUCUGGCAGUGUGACCCUAUGCAUGGGAACACACGCUCUACCUCGACUGGAGUCAAGACACGGCAUUUCAGCUCAAUCCUGUCUGAGCUCUCUUCUGCUCUGAAGAUUCACAAGCAGCACGGUUCGUAUCUCGGAGGCAUGCAUCUUGAGCUUACAGGUGACGCUGUGACGGAAUGCGUAGGCGGUAGCGUCGCACUGGAAGAAGGUGAUUUGAGUCUCAACUACACAACCUUCUGUGAUCCUCGUCUGAACGAGAAGCAGGCGCUGGAGAUGGCAUUUCUGGUAGCAGAAUUCUACCGGGCGGACCAGGGGAAGGGGACGCGAUAGUGUUAACGCAUUCAUUGUAUCAAUAUGCAUGAUUCCAUGACGUUUGAUAAGCUAAAACCAUUUGACCUUAUACGUGAUGCGGC